AUGGAAGCUCUGGAUGCCUUGGCGGAGUGGCUCAACAAGAGCUGCGCCAGGCCUCCCAGGUUGGCAGCUUUGGAUGUGAGGAAGAACGAGGUGCCUUUGGGCCUCUACGCGGCGGCGAGCAUCGGCGGCUUGAGUGCACCGAGUCUCUACUUAAUCGACUCGGACGUGGAGAAGAAAUCCGUUGGAAUCCGCUGGGCUGGUGAGAUCCACGAGUUCGAGGGCGACCAGCCGCCGAGGAAGAAGGGCGCCUUGGAGAAGUCGACCACCCUGCUGAGAGCAAAGCUCAAUCAGAUCCUCCCCUGGGUUCUGGAGCACUCCCGGCGCUACAGGGCACUGUCAGUGCCUGAGACCUUCGAGCCAGAGCAGGGUGGAGCCUUUCGAUCUCAAGAGGCUCCGGUCCUUGAGCUGGGCAAUGAGAAAGAGCUUCAGCAACUCUUGGAGCGCAAUGUGACCGGAUACAUGGAGUUCUUUUCCCCCUCCUGCGGUGCUUGCAAGAAGUUCGCUCCCACCUACGAGUCGGCCGCCCGGAAGGCUCCCAAUUUCACCUUUGCUCGGGUGGAUUGCUCCACACCUGAUGGAGAAAGGUCGUGCAACAAGCAUGGGAUCGACAAGUACCCAAGCCUCUUCCUAAUGCAGGGUGGCCGCUUAGAGAAGUACCCAGGCGGUCCUAAGCGACAUCAGCUACUGGAAUAUCUCGAGACGCAGACCUCGCCUCCCUGGCGGGAUUUCCAGAGCCAAGAGGAAGCCAUCGCCUUCGCCAAGAAGAAGCGAUUGCUGCUUUGGGCUGGAGAUCGCAACGCUAACUUUGAAGCAGUCUUGACAGCAGCAAACGAGAUGCGCCAGCAGGUGAGCCUGGGAAAAGUGGACGCUGACAAGGAGAGCCUGUCAUUGCUGGCCCCUUCGCGGAAGGAGGUGGCGUACCAGGGGCCAUACCAACCAGAGGACUUGCAGCUCUGGCUCGCCGAGCAGCUGGUUCGUAGCGCACCCAUUCCACCCGAGACCGAGACGCAAGCCUCGUCCUCGCCCGUGCGCACCGUGGUGGGAGCGAACUUCCGACAGAAGGUGUUCAAGCCGCUGGAGGAAGGGAAACAUGUUCUGUUGGAAGUCUAUGCACCUUGGUGUGGCCAUUGCAAGAAGCUUGCGCCCAUCUAUGAGCAGUUUGCACAGAAGAUGCAGGAUGAGGGCCGGCCGCUGGUGGUUGCCAAGUUGGAUGGAGAUGCCAAUGGUAUUCCGUUCGCUGGCUUCGACUACACCGGUUUCCCCACGCUUUUCUACCUCUCGCCCAGCAGCGAGCAGAUUACGAAGGUUUCUGAGCGAACCUUGGAGGGCCUGGUCUCCUUUGUGACCAAGAUGGGUGUGUCGAAACCCGGUGAGGCGUCGAAGCCGAGCCUCUCGCAGCUGCUGAGCCAGUUCCGCUCGGAGGAGCCGCCAGCCAAGCAGACCAGUCCUGUAAGGACGGUGGUACUCAGCAACUUCGUUGAUGUGGUCUUCCAUGAGCAGAAGCAUUGCCUUUUAAUGCUUUAUGACCAAAAGUGCCCCCACUGCAUGCGGAUGAUGCCUGAGCUCGAGGCCUUCGCGCAGGAGCUAAAGAGAAUCGUCGUCGUGGCAAAGAUGGACGGCACCAAGAAUGAUUUGCCCAUGACCGGCUUCGAAGUCAAGGGCUUUCCCACGCUGUUCUUCAUCGAAGCGGGCCACAAGGAGCCGUCCAUGACACAGAUUGGCAGCAACGCGUUGGUGGCCACGAAACGACUCUUGGAGAGGCAAAAGGAGCCUCGGAGACGCAGCCAGACCGCUUUCGUCGCAGUCUUCGCGGGCCUCGCUUUGUGGGAAAGAGGCGACAUACCCAGACCAUCCAUGCAUGAAAUAGUUACAUACAUUUGGCCCUAA